AUGAUCAACCUUGGUCCAAGUUGCUUCGCUGCCAUCCUCUCCUGCCUUCUGCUCUCAUGUUGCAUCACCAGCACCCUCUCCUCUAUCAGCGUCAACGCCAACGGCGGUCACUUCCGCUACGGCAGUGUCAGCUGGAAGAAGAUGCAGCAGCAGCCGCCUGUCGUGGAGUUCACCAUUGAGGCGGUCUUCCGCAGGGAUUACAGCUCCGCAAACUUCAAGGGAUCAGGAACUGACGGCCUGCUGGUGUCCGGCGAUCGCUUCAAGCCAAGUGGCUACGAGACUAUCAUGUUCGACUUCGGGGACGGGACGAUCCUGAUGCCGAUGACGUUCGUGGUGGAAGGAUACAGCAUACAGGAGGACUGGAUCUACAGCGUGGCCACCUUCCAGCACACUUACCCGCUCCUCCUCUCAACCACCGCCUUCUCCUACACCACCACCUUCAAGGGCUGCUGCCGGCACUCUGACUUGGUCAACAACGCGCACACUUCGUGGAUCCUGACCAACUCGAUCAACGUAAGAGAUGACGGAGGUUCACCCCAGCUCUCCUCCAUACCCGUCCACACGGUUGUCAAGAAGGCCCGGCCGUCGGACGCGGACCCACACGUCUUCAUCCCAGCUGGGAAGGUCGGGGAGAUCCCAGGAGGACGGAGGGGGCAGCUGACUUGGCGGCUCCCGUCUGCCAUAGGAGCAGCCACUUUGAACACUGAGGCUCCGAGGAACCUUGCUUCCUUCCAGCUCGACUCCAGCACGGGCAAGAUGACGAUCCUUGCUGGGCCUGUGUACGACUCGGACAACCCUUCCUCCCUGUCGAGGUGCGACGUGACCAAGAUAUGCAGCGGCAACAUGUCGGCCGGGCUGUAUGACGUCGUGGUGGAGGUGCGGGAGGGGAACUCGACGGCGACGCUGGAGUUUGCGAUCCGACUGGUUGAGCUGCAAGCUAACGAGGCGAUCCCCAACAUCACGACGGGAGCACAGGACAUCUUCUACCCUGCCUUCUCUUCCUACCGCAACCUCGGCUACGUCGGCUUCUCCAUCCCCAAGAUGGUCUUUUCCUCCUCCACGAGUAUGCAGGGCAUGGGGAUCGGCUUCUCCUUCUCCCGUCUCCCACCCGGCGCCCAGCUCUCGGUCAUCAACGGUGGGAGGAGCGUGUCGACGUACGUGUGCUCGGCGGGCAGCGGAUACUGCAGGGAGAGCACGGGCACUGCUUGUAACCAGUCCUCCUCCUCCUGUACCUGCCUGCCCCCCGACACUGGCAAGGUCUGCAACCCGGCCGGCUCCGACUGCCACGGAGGCUCUCAGUGCUCUACAUGCUGGUCCCAGCAGGCCUGCCCGACCCCCGACGCCUCCAUCGAGCUCAGCUGGACUCCCUCCUGGGGUCAGGACGGGGUUACAGUGAUCUGUGUGAACGCCAUUGCAAAGCGGAAUGAUCCCACCCGCUGUGUGGAGAUCGAGGUCUUCAAGGACACAAGACCGGUCCUCUGGAGCUCCUACAGUCAGGAUCUGGACCCGUACUCCAACACGACCUUUGCGUAUGUCGGGCGAGUGCUGAGCUUCACGUUGUACGCCAACGACACCAACUGCUUCGACUCCUCCAACAUUACGAUGGGCUCUAUGCCGCCAGGAGCCUUCCUGGACCCGCAAGGCUUCAGCACGGCACUAGUUCCCAUGCUCGCCUUCUCCUCCAUCGGCGUCGCUGACGGCUCGACCCGUGCGUGCCCCACCCAGCAUGUCACUUUCCACUGGAACAUCCCGAUCACCUACGGCGGUUACAAGGGAAGACACUGCUUCUAUGCUACGGUAGCCAAGUGUAAGUAUGCCGUGAGCAUGGAGCAAACGAUCGCUGAAAUCGCUGCAAUCUUUGGCACGGACUGGAUUCAGAUCUUCAAUCUCAACGCCAUGACCAGCCCUGACAUCAUCCUCUUCCGCCAUCAAGUGCUCAACGUCGGUCAUCUCUACUCCGUCGCUGUCGGGGACUCGCUCGACAGCAUUGCCCGCCGCUUCGGAACUUCUCCGCGCAGCAUCAUGUUCCUCAACUACGAGCUGGGCGAACUGAAUUCGACGAACAUCACGGUAGGAAAUGAGAUCUGUAUCAUCGCCAAUUCUUGCUUCGGGGAGAUUCAGAGCUUCUGGGAUCAGAACCCCAAGCCGGAUCAAAGCUUAGAGCGAUGGUAUGCGGAUGUCAUGGCUGCGUAUAACGAGCUGAGAAGAGCCAAGGCUGCUGCACUCGCUUCUAGCGGAGCAUUGCCACCGGUGUGA